AAGUCUAUGCAGGAAGAAGCCGGGCAGAGCCAUGUCUGUGAUUUACAGCGAGGUUGCUGCGGAUGAGAACACCACCGACAGCUUCUGGAUGCCCAAUAACUAUGGUAGCACCGUGAAGCGAAUGGAAGAUGGCUACCGGCUUUGUGAUGAAAUCGUAGCAUGUUUCCAAGACAGAGCCAAGAUCGAGCGUCAGUAUGCUCUACAGAUGGAAGAAUGGACCCGCAAGUGGAAACCUCUGGUAGACAGCAGCCCUAUGUAUGGUUCUCUCCUGCGCGCCUGGCAGGCCUUUAUGAGUGCCACAGAACGGCUCAGUGAGCUACAUACACAGAUCCAGAAGACAUUGGUAGCAGAGGAUGCAGAGAAGAUACGCACGUGGCAGAAGGAUACAUAUCAUCGCAAGAUAUUUGGAGGGUUCAAGGAGUCCUGUGAGAUUGAGAAUGGGUUCCACAAGGCACAAAAGCCAUGGGCCAAGAAGUUAAAGAAGGUGGAAAAGUCCAAGGCAAUUUACCACAAAGCCUGUAAGAAGGAGCACUUGGUCAGUGUCCGUGAGAACAGCAGCAAAAUAAACCCCGAACUUACUCAAGAGAAGCUGAAGAAACUCGCCGAGGAUCAUGAGAAAUGCACACAGGACAAAGAAAAGGUAAAGCAGAGGUAUGAGAAGUCCCUACAGGAACUGAAUAAGUAUAACCCCAAGUACAUGGAAGAAAUGGAAACGGUGUUUGAUCAAAGUCAGCAACAGGAGCAGAAGAAGAUUCUCUUUCUCAAACAGGUCCUGGAGUCUAUGCACAAACAUCUGGAUAUCACCACUAAUGAGAGCGCAAAGAAAGUGUAUAGUGAUUUAAAUGAUGCGAUUGUCGGGGUAAAUGACCAGGAAGAUCUAAAGUGGUGGAAGAACAAGCAUGGGCCUGGGAUGAUCAUGAACUGGCCUCAGCUGAAGGAGUGGACUCCGGACACAGAGCAACAAAUUGUGAAAAAGAAGAAAGUGAAAGAGACAGACAAGGUGAAGUUAUACAGUGUAACGCCUACAGAAAGCAGCCAAAAUAAAGCUCCAAUCAAUGUUCCUGGAGUACGCGUGCGAGCCGUAUACGAUUAUUCAGGGCAGGAAUCUGACGAGCUCAGUUUUAAAUCAGGUGAUGAACUCACAAAGAUUGAGGAUGAGGAUGAGCAAGGCUGGUGCAAAGGAGUGACAGAUAAAGGACAAGUAGGACUUUACCCCGCCAACUAUGUGGAAGUGAUUUCUGGAUGAGGAGGGUUACAGUGGGUUUGAGUAGGAGAAAUGCAAAGACUGAACGCAGCAGGUUGCUUCCACCAGUGAGUUAAAGAUUUCUGCAAGAACAAAUGGAGAAAGUAGCAGCAGCCUUACCUUGUAGUUACUCCUCAACAGAAACCCUACAGGAAAUACCACUGCUCUGGCAUUGCCAACUCACAGUAUUCUUCUCUUUUAUAUACCAGAACUAAAAUAUAUCUUGACUGACACGGAGGGCAUAUCUACUGGGCUGCAGUGUCCCCAAACCUCAGGGGUUUCCCAGCGCGCUCAACGCCAGAUUAUUGUUUAACAGACCUGUGGGUGCAGCUGAGCACCCAUCCAUGCUUUUUUACAUGAGUGCCUUGGCCUCUCUCAAUGCACAAGCCAAGGGCUACAAUAAUAUAACCCCGUAUGCCUUAGUGCAAUAACACAGCAGCCCAGAAGAAGCUUUUGUUACCUUUGUGUUUGCUGAAGCAGCGAAGGAUAUGAUUAAAGUCUCUGUACCAAUCUUA